AUUCACUCAACACCAGAUAUCAUUUUGAUUUUAACAGUCCAAGACUAAAGUAGUUGUUUUAGUUUUAAUUUAAUAACUAGAGAGAGAAAAGAAAUUAAAAAUAAAAUGAAAAUCAUAGUGGUUUUAUUAGCCAGUGUGGCCUUAGUAGCUGCCGAUGUGUCACAUCUAUUCAACAACGAAUAUGAUCAUGAUCAUCAUCAUCAUGAACACGAACAUGAACAUCAUCAUGUGGAGGAGUCUCAUCAUUAUGGUUACGAUUAUCCCAAGCCAGAGCAACCAUUUGAAUUGCCUAAACCCACCUACUUGCCACCUCAACCACCAAAGCCCACAUAUUUGCCUCCCAAGCCAGUGCCCACAUACUUGCCUCCACCCACCACCACUACUACCACAACAACUACCACCACCACACCUAAGCCUACAACAACAACUACUACUAAAGCUCCUACACCAGCACCCACCUAUCUACCUCCUCCACCACCCACACCCAAGCCCACCUACUUACCUCCACCACCACCCACAACCACCACAACAACCACCACCACCACACCACGCCCCGAAACACCCAAACCAACCUACUUGCCUCCUCCACCACCACCACCAACUUACUUGCCUCCUGCUAAACCACAAGUUGCAUACUUGCCUCCUGCUCCCAAGCCCACUUUCAAAAUACCCAUUCCCUCAUAUGCUGCUCCUCUAGAUGAACCCGAAGAAACCUUACAGGAAGAUGGCUAUCAUUACAAUGUUCCCGCUGAGAAAUUUUUCUUCUAAAGCAAUUCAGUUAUUUUGACUGAUGCGAAGACUGAGUAUUAGAACAAUUUUUUUUUAUAAGAAUUUGGCAUUUUGAAAAUUUUCUUCGGAAGUAAACGGAAUUUACCACAACUUUAGAUAUUAAUGUUUAUAUUUGUAAUUGUUAUACACAAAAAUAAUAAAUUUGAAAAAAAAUUUUAAAAAUAUAAUCAAAA